GCUUCCUGAUAAUAUUGCCUAAAGGUAACUUUACUGUUUUCAUUGUUGCAGAGACAUGCAUAUGCUGGUUUACCUUUAUCAUUUUUACUUUUUUCAUUUGAACAUAAUGUGAAAGUCAUCACAAAAACAGUUUUAUUCUAUCUGACAAACACAGCUCACCUCCAUCCAUCCUGCUCUUUCUGCUACUGAAAUCCCCAUCUACAACGACCUGACUACCGCUGUAGCAUUUCUCCUGUGACCACAUCACCCGUGUCCUAAAGUGCUUCCACUGGCUUCUUGUCCCACAACAUAUCCAAUUCAAACAUAUUCUCAUGAUUUACAAAGCCCUUCAUGUCCAGAAAUGCUUUUCCUGCUUUGUCUGAACACUGUUUGGUGAACUUGACUCAUUUGUCACGUGCUCAGAAUCAGGACCUGGUCAGACUGACAGACCCAGAACGGUUCAGGAGAAGCCUGAACUCUACCUGCUGGAGGACAGCCCAGCUCACCAGUAGACCAACGGCACUAGAGCAGGAACCAGAGGCAAUGCUGGCUAUGGGGGUAACUGAGAAGUCUUGAAGUGAGUGGUAAAUGGUCUUAUCCAGUGCUUUCUACACACUGAACCCACUCAAAGCACUUUACACUAUUUCCUGUUCACCCAUUCGCACAUCCACCAGUGAUAUCAGUGGCAACAACUAGGGGUUCAAUGUCAUGCUCAAGGACUUGUUGACAUGUAAACUGGAGAAGCCAUGGAUUAAACCACUGAUCCCCUGGUCAAGAGACAACCUGCUCUACCUCCUGAGCCAUAGCUGCGCCCAAAAAGGAUGGUACUCUGACUCUGAAUUGAUCUAAACGUGGUGUGUAAAUGGCCACUGAGGGGCUGAACAGACUCUGCCCCUCUGUCUCUACGUUCACACACAGCUAAAGGCUGACGUGCCACAAACAUCCUGCUGCACACUACCAGGAAACUGUCCCAGCAGUGAAUCAGUACUUUGGAAUGAAACUCAGCCUGUCACAGAUGAAGAACCAGAAUUUAGCAGAAGAGAGGUGACAAAGCUCCGCCCCUCACCUGUCUCAUCUGAGACAAAGCAGGAAACAGUCUGUUCUUCUUUGUCACUGCAGAGACACAGACUGAGAUGAUCAGAUUGACCUUCAGAUCAAACUAACUACUUCCUCCGAGUCCAGCUACAGGACAGACAAGUGGAAAACUCCACUGCUGCUUCAACCUGCUGACACUCCACACACUGAAGGCGAGUUGGACGACAACACGACGCAAAGUAAAAGUACACUUCAGAGACGUUAGCAGAGGAGGGAGGGUGGCCGUGACUCACUGUACUUUGUGUCUGCUGUGAUUUCAGCUGCACUCACAGACUCGAUGGCAUCCAGAUCAGAGGAGGAUCUCUGCUGUCCGCUCUGUCAUGAGGUCUUUAGAGAUCCUGUUCUUCUGUCAUGCAGCCACAGCUUCUGUAAAAACUGUCUGCAGAGCUGGUGGAGAUACAAACAAACACACGAGUGUCCACUUUGUAUGAGAAGGUCUUCAAAGGGUGAUCCACCUGUAAACCUGGCGUUAAAGAACCUGUGUGAGUCCUUCUUACAGGAGAGAGCCCAGAGAACUUCAGAGACUCUCUGCAGUCUGCACUCUGAGAAACUCAGACUCUUCUGUCUGGACCAUCAGCAGCCAGUGUGUCUCGUCUGCAGAGACUCAAGGAAACACGCCAAUCACAGAUUCAGUCCCAUCAAUGAAGCCGCACAGGAUCACAGGGAGAAUCUGGGGAGAUGCCUGAAACCCUUACAGGACAAACUGAAGCUCUGUAGGAAAGUUAAAGUGGAGUUUGAACAAGCAGCAGGACACAUUCAGGUCCAGGCCCGACACACAGAGAGGCAGAUUAAGGAGCAGUUUCAGAAGCUUCGCCAGUUUCUAAAAGAGGAAGAGGAAGCCAGGAUGGCUGCACUGAGGGAGGAAGAGAAGCAGAAGAGUCAGAUGAUGAAGGAGAAGACGGAGGCUCUGAGCAGAGAGAUAGCAGCUCUGUCAGACACAGUCAGAGCCACAGAGGAGCAGCUGAGAGCUGAAGACGUCUCAUUCCUGCACAGCUACAAGGCUGCAGUGGAAAGAGUCCAGCAGCGCCCCCUGCUGGAGGAUCCACAGCUGCCCUCAGGAGCUCUGAUAGACCAGGCCAAACACCUGGGCAACCUGGCCUUCAACAUCUGGAACAAGAUGAAGGACAUCCCUGUGGUCUUAGAUCCAAACACUGCUCAUCCAUAUCUCAUGCUGUCUAAAGAUCUGACCAGCGUGAGACGAGGAGACAAACAGCAGCUUCCUGACAAUCCAGAGCGGUUUGAUGAUUCUUACCCCUCCGUCCUGGGCUCUGAGGGCUUUGACUCAGGGACUCGCAGCUGGGAUGUCGAGGUUGGAGACAGUACACACUGGAGACUAGGUGUUCUAGCAGAUUCUUCUGAAAGGAAGGGAGACACCGGAUUGUGGAUAAUAGGGUUCAAUAGAGGCAAAUACUUUGCGUUGUCACCACCGUCUUCAUCCACUGUUCUCCCAGUGCAGAAGAAGCUCCAGAGGAUCCAAGUGAACCUGGACUGGAGCAGAGGAACGCUGUCGUUCUCUGAGCCUGACACUAACACACACAUACACACCUUCACACACACUUUCACUGACACACUGUUUCCGUAUGUCAACACUUUGGAUAAAUUCCCAGUGAAGAUGGCAGCAGUGAAGUUCUGUGUGACGGUGGAACAGAGUGAAUGCUGCCAACUGUAGGUUACCUGUUGGAAAAGUGGCUCCUAUACCACAAUCAUCUGUCUUCCUCAGUUUCAUUUAAAUGUUUUAUAAAAGGAUUCCAGUCUCACUAUGCCAAAUAUUAACCAAAGAGCUCUGGACGAGGUGAUG